AUGAACACGUUCCCGAGUACCGCAUGCGGAUGGAUGGUGUUCCUGCCCCUGGUCCUGAUGCAGCAGGACACUCAAACAGCCAACUGGCAGGCUCAAAUCGAGCUGGAGCUGCAGGAGCAGCCAGAGCCAGACAAGCUGGCCUAUUGCCGGGCCCUCCAGCAGCAGCAGCAGAUGCUGCGGAUAUCGCUCCGCAGCACUGGAUGUGCCGCCAUUCUGAACAACGAGCUCGCCGUGACAGGCAAAAUGCUACUCGAGACUCAACCGCGCUGCUGGCCCGGAUGGGGGCUCUUUGGAGGACGGUGCCGCAAGUUAGCCUGA